CAGUAUCCGAAGUAUCCUCGAAGAAUCGCACGCGCGCAUCACGCACGCGAUAAGUGAUAAAUAAGUAGCAGCUUCGGGACGGUUUGGCGGCGCGCGCGUAGAGGAGUAUAUGAGCGCGCUUCGCCGCCGCCGCGCGGACUCGUUAUGUAAAGCGCGAGCAGAGAAACUAACCAGUGCGCGCGAGCAAGCGAGCUCGAGGCUUUAGCGGCAGCAGUCAGUCGGGGUAGGUGGAGCUCGAGGGGCUUUUUUGGGCGAGCGCGCGCGCGCUGUCCCACUCCCGACUGCGCGCGUGAAGCGAUAUGAUGAGUCCAGCGGCGCUCGCGCUCUCGCUAGCGCUGCUGCUGCUCCGCGGCACAGAGACGCACGCGCUCACAGUCAAAGCACUGCGGACCGGGAACGCGCGGAGAGACGACACCAAUCGCCUCACAGACUUGUUCCGUCAAGAGGAGGUCAUCAUGGUUACGGGAGGAGGACAGGUCCACAGCCCGCGGUACCCCAACGCCUACCCCCGGAACCUCCUGUUAUCUUGGAAUCUGCUCUCGGCUCCACAAACCCGCAUCCUGCUGGAGUUCGAUGGGCAAUUUGGCCUGGAGGAGCCUGAGAACAGCGUCUGCAGAUAUGACUUUGUAGAAGUGGAGGACAUAUCAGAGACCAUCACAGUAAUCUGGGGUCGCUGGUGUGGGAGAAAAGCCCCCCGGCCCAUAACGUCCAGAACCAACAACAUCAGAAUCACUUUCAAGUCGGACGAUUACUUUGUGGCAAAACCAGGAUUCAAACUCUGCUACUCUCUGCUGAAUGAUGUCCCCCUGAUAUCAUUGACCAACUGGGAGCCAGUGACACCUGUAUUGGAUGUAACUGAAGCUCCACUCUCUGUGGAUGAGCUUGACAGUGUAAUUUCUGGGUUCAGUACAGUGGAGGAGGUCCUGAAGCACCUGAACCCCAGCACCUGGCAGCAGGACCUCAACAGCAUCUACACUCACACUCACUACUACAUGCCCCGCAGCUACUUUACUGACCGCAAACAGAAAUUGGAUCUGGAUCGUCUGUAUGAUGAUGUUAAGCAGUACAGCUGCACACCAAGGAACUUCUCAGUGAACCUGCGAGAGGAGCUGAGGGCCACCAAUGCUGUGUUUUUCCCGCGGUGUCUGCUGGUGCAGCGCUGCGGUGGAAACUGUGGCUGUGGCACCGACAGCUGGAACUCCUGCAGCUGCGGUUCUGCCAAGACUGUCAACAAACUGCACGAGGUGCUGAAGUUCUCUCCAGGGCAGAACUUUUACAGGAAGAAGGUGAGGGCACGCUGGGUUCUAGAGGAGAUCCACCUACAGCACCAUGAACGCUGCGAGUGUGUAUGUCAGUCACGACCUCCACGAUGAGAUGCACACAGUAUUUCCAGCAGCCUUGACCAAUGCAAAUGUGUAGCUGUCUUAUUUUGUAUUUUCUUUUUUAUCUGAAAGUGCCUUUCUGCUCUCACAUACACAAACACACACAGUAUUAUUUAUUUCUGUUUUAUACGGACUGUUAACAGGACCAAGUCUCACAAAAACUUUUUUUUUUGCCUACUGUCUGUCUCUCUCUCUCUCGCAUUUGUCCGCGCACAAACACACACACUUUCUCCUUUUUUUCUGUCCUCGCUGCCGCUCUGACACAUCAAAGCAAAAAGCCAGUGGAGUGUUAAACCCGCUAACAACACUGCAUUCCAAUCAUUCAAGCUUACACACACACACACACUCUCUGCGCUUCGGAAACCUCCCCUCUUCCCUAAACCACCACCGCCUUCCUAAACCCCACCUCCUUCCUAAACUUAAAAUUAUCUGAACGGCGCCUCCUACUUACACUCCAACUCCUUCCUAAACAUCAUCUGCCCCUUAUACCUCACUUCCUAUUCAAACCUCAAAUUCUCCCUUAACUCCACCUUACUUCUUAUCUGUAUCUAAACUUCCCCUAAAGCUUCACCUCCUUCCUAAACCUCACCACCUGUUUUAAUCUCAGCUUCUUCGUAAGCCUCAUUCUUUAAUACACUACCUACUCCUUAAACAUCCUCUCCUCCUAAAACCUCAACCUCCCCCCUAACCUCACUUAUUUCACUUCCUUCCUAUAUCUAAACUCUCCCUAAACUUCACCUUUUACCGAAAUCUAAACCGUCACUGCCUUUGUUAAUCUCACCCUCUUUUCCAAACCUCAAAUCCUCCCUUAACCACACUGUCCCUUAUUCUUAUUUCUUUCCUUUAUCUAUACUCCCCCUAAACCUCAUUACCUCCUUUAAUCUCAGCUUCUUCGUAAGCCUUGUUAAACACCCACCUACUCCUUAAGCAUCCCAUUUCCUCCCUAAAGCUCACUUACUCCCUAUACCUAACAUUUCCCCUGAAACCUCACCUCCUCCUUAAACUCACUUACUUCCUUAUUAUAUCUAAACUCCCCCAAAACCUCACCUUCUACCUGUAUAUAAACCUUCACCCUCUCCAUAAAACUUCACCUCCUUUCCAAACCUCAAAUCCUCCCUUAACCCCACCUUGUCCCUUAACCUUACUUCCUACCUUUAUCUAAACUCAUUUUAAAUCUCACUCUCUCCCUAAACCUCACUUUAUUCCUAUAUCUACACUCCCCUCAACCUUCAACCCCUUUAAACUCAACUCAACUUAAAUCUCAGCUCCUUUGUAAGCCUCACUCUUUAAACCUCCUUCUAAAUCCCACCUCCUUUUUCCAACUCCUCCUCAAAUCUCACUUCCUACCUAUAUCUUAAUUCCAUCUAAACCUUAACCUCUUUUUUAAACCUCACCUCCAACCUCAAAUACUCAAAACCCAAACUUGUCCCUUAACAUUACUUUCUACCUAUAUCUAAACCUUCACCUCCUUUUAAACCUCACCUUCUUCCUAAACAUCACCUCCUACCUUUAUCUAAAUUUCUCCUUAACAGUCAACUCCUCUCUUAACCUCACCUCUUUCUAAAAACCCACCCCCUCCUCCUUUAAAUUCACCUCCACUCUGAACCUCACCUCCUUCAGCCUCACUUCAACUUUGAAACCCUACCUCCUCUAUGUACAAAGAUGAUUGUCUAUCAGACACAGAUAAAAGAAAACACAACAGUCAGAUAGAUAAUGAGCUGGUGAGGGCAGAGCACCAAACACUUUACCGUUAAACUGUUUUAUAUGUAACUUGUCAUAAAAGCACAAUAAAUGGAAAGAUGUUCAUGUUUUAAAAGUG